GAAGAGGGUCCUAAGAGGUGUCAGGAGUGGAUUUAGAAGAUUGCAAAGCUUAUUGCGGCGGUUAUAUUCGCGCUACUCUAUCCAUUCCGACUAUACGAGGAUUCGGCGCGCCGGUCGAUUCGCACCUUCGAAAACCUCGAUCAGUCUACAAAUGUUCGGUCCGUCUGGGCAUCACUGCUGCUACGUAAACUCGAGAUCGUGACACGUUCACGCGGCGUCGGAUGUUUAAAGGUGAAUUCGUGAACCGAGAACCCGUCAGAAUCAAGGAUUUCCAAAUAAAUUCAUCCCCUGUCAACGGUGUUCAUAAGUUCAACGUUGACGCUGAGACAUGAAUGGACCAUUCAACAUUCACUAGCUGAAUCAGCGACAACGGAAGAGUAGGAGAACCACCGCGCUGGUUGCAUAGUUCCAAGCUGGCAAAGACGAUGAAUUCAAACUACUUUGACUUGCCGCUUAAUCUGGACAGAGUGUGCAGAGUAUGUCUUUCGGAAAGUACAAACUUGUCGCCACUAUUUUGCACCGAUCCUGAAGCGACUGAACUUUCUGGUCUUUAUCAGAAAAUAGAAGUUUGUGGCUCGAUAGAAGUCCGGGAAGAAGAUGGGCUGCCUUCGCUGAUCUGCGACGUCUGUAUCUACAAGGCGACUGUAGCGCAUGAAUUUCGACAACAAUGUCAGAACUCGGACGCUCGAUUAAGAUUGUAUUACAAUAAGCCGGCAAAGUCCAACAUCACGAAUUCGAGCACACAAACUGAUCCACAAACGCGAAUUAUUCUUACAACAAAGACUACGAGUUCUCUAGGGAACUACUCUGUGAAACAAGAAAUGCAGACAACAGGUUCGCAGAACUUUUCAACGUCAGGCGAACCGUUUCCUUCAACUGAGUCAUGCGGAGCUGAAAACAAAAUGCGGGAAGAGAUAGUGGAGGAGAGUAAAGUUUUUAAUAUAUGCAACAUCGAAUUUGAUGGAAACAAGGGUGAUGAGAAAAACGAGAUGUUGGAAGAUGACACUCGUCACUCUCCAUUUCCGCAAACAGAUUUAGAGGACCCUGGAGAUCUGGGGACCGAGCCAUCGCUGGAGAGAAUAGAGGAGCAAAAACAUGUAACAGAGUUGCCUGCCGUCAAACAAGAUGAACCUAAGAGUACAGAAUUGUUGGAAGACGAUUAUCUUGUUGAAAGUUUGUUGAAUGAUAACGCAGAAGGAGAAGAUGUGCCGCUCAUACAAAGGGCGCAAAGUAGAAAGGUGAAAUCGUUGCCUACCAAGAGUUACAGCGACGACGAAUGUAACGACGAUUAUUACAACGAGGUAAACAGCGACAGCCAAGACUCUGAUUCGAUGAAAUUUAAAUGUAAAGUGUGUGCAAAGAGAUACGCGACGCAGAAAGGCCUGAAAAAACAUUCCCUUGUUCACGAAAAGCAACAUAAAUGCGACAUAUGCUUCAAAAUGUUUUACAAGCUGGAAAAUAUGGAAAAACACAAAACAAUACACGCCUCCAAGCCACACGCGUGUCAACUGUGUCACGCCUCAUUUUCAAAGUCACAGAGCUUGGUCCGCCACUUGAAAUCCCACACGGAAAAAGUAAACGACAUUAUAAAACAAAUCAAGAGCGAUGAUCCAACUGAGGAAAAAGAGCCGACAAACGAGUUUGAAAUCGACAAUGAUACCGACGAUGCGAGUGAAACUAACGACGAACCCGACGAAUUUGAAAAUGCUCCAGAGUUAUAUAAAUGUCAAGCUUGCAGCCAGUACUGUUCGUCGUUGAAAAAUUUAAAGAGACAUAGCCUUGUUCACGGAGAAAAGAAAUAUUCUUGUACCGUUUGUAAAAAGUGGUUUUUCCGACCUGACUCAUUGAAAAAACAUGCGGAAAAACACGGUCACGGACUGCUGGAUAAUCUAAUGUACGAUAACAAAUUGUUCGAUUCAGACGACGAACCAAUUCCUAAAAGAAAAAGAAAACCGGCCACCGAUAACGGUGAGAGCACGAGAAAAGAGGGAAGCGAGGAAGAUGGCGGAGGAGAAUACAAGUGUCAACAUUGUGACAAGAUCAUGGCAACAAAAAAAGGCCUCAGACGUCACGUGUCGAUGCAUAAGCCAAAAGCUGAGCCGGCGACGUGCGAGAUUUGUGAAAAAGUUUGCGCUAGUCAAGCCAGGCUGGCUCUUCAUCAAAAAACGCAUAAUAAACCCAAGGAAAAAGUACCGCGAGAAUAUCUCUGCCAUAUCUGCAGCAAAGUAUACCCGAGCAAUUCGUCGUUAACUUAUCACGUGAGAACGCACACGGGAGUAAAGCCACACGUUUGCAAAAUAUGCAACAGCGGUUUCACAACCACGACCAGUCUGGCAAAUCAUCUUCGGAUUCACACAGGUGACAAACCGUUUGUGUGUCAUGUUUGCAGUGCCGCGUUUGCCGUCAGCUCGGCAUUCAGAAGACAUUUGACUCGCCACACGGGUGAGGCAAAUUAUUUGUGCAAAACGUGUGGUAAAGCAUUCAAGAGACUUAGCACACUGAAGGAGCACACUUAUACUCAUUCCGGGGAAAAACCGUACAUAUGUAAAACCUGCGGGGCAGCCUACAGUCACAGUGGGAGUUUGUUCGCGCACCAAAAACGCUGUCGAGCUCAAUAUGGAGAAAUUGGGGUCCUCGAGGACCAUCAUCACACGGUCGCGCACCACAUUCACGUCAAUAAUGUUCAAUCUGCUGUUCGAUCGCUUGCUGUUAUUGGCCAGAUGUUCUAAAAGGUCUUAUCGCAACUUACAGAGAUGAACUCGUCGAUUGUUUUUUUUUCCUCUUUUUUAUCUCUCGGCAUUGAUGUCUCAAAAUCGUUGUAUAUUAUGGAAUGGUUAUGAAAUCUGGGAAAUCUGAAAAUCUCAAACAAUUUCUAUUGAGUGAAGUUUUUUUUGCCUGCCAAUCUUAUUAUUUGUUUUUUUUUUUUUUUUUUUUUUUUUUUCCCUAGCGAUGAGCGCAUUUCGAGUGAGAGAGGGCGCAAAAUAUUUUUUUCCAGUCCUGAAGAACAUUGAAAAUUCAGAGAAGAUCUCUCGGAUCUCUCAGUUUUUACGGCCAACCGAACACCAGCACUUGUGAUAAAUUGUCAUAUCCACGCUUAUUGGCAUAACUUCUUACCGAAACUGGUAAGACAAUUUCUAUUGUCAAUCGUACAUUGUGUGUGCGUUCUCAUUUUAGUUAACAGGAAAGGGUUAAUUAUACAACAUUUUACUAAUAUUUCGCAACAAAUGAUGUAACGGAUACCAAAUUGUAUGAAACAACGUCUAAGCCACAACUCAAAUUUCUUUUGAUUAUACAAUUCUGAAUAUUUUUGUAACUUUGAGAAAGCUAAAAUCGACUUGGGAAAUGUAAUAUCAUUCCAAUGAGGGAUAAAAUUCUGAUCGAAUAGAUUAUAAAUAUAUUCGAAGAUAUAAAUAUUUUUUGUGUUAAUCAUAGGUUUUUUUUUUUUUUUUUUAAGAAACCGAAAUUUUGCACGAAGCAAGCACAAACCCGAGGAGUUGACCAGCCUUUAAAUCUAGGCGAGUUCGCGUGAAAUCUUUUGAAAUUUUGCAAUCCUGAAAUUUGUAGUGUACCUACACAUAAAUUUAUUGAUGAGUGGUUAGCCCCUUGGCGCAAAGAAAUUAUUACCUCUUAUUCGCAAAUCUCAAGGAAGAUCUAGCUUCUACCGUUUAAUAAUCAAUAAUAAUCUUGAACGGUGUCAGCGGCUCGAUACUUUGAAUUUUAACCCUUUCCUUUCAGAGCAUUUCACAAUUGGGUAGCGUAACAAGUGCAUGCUUUUGUCUUAUGGCGAUUUUGCCAAAAAAUUACGUCAAAGUAUAUUUAUUGAAGGAGAAAAAAAAAUAAAAUAAAAAAUAUCGCAAUCCAAGUGUGAAUUUCCUCGGAUAUCACGUUAUAGUUUGUAAGUAAGAAAUGGUAAUGAAGCGAACUUACAAAUGUCUUGAUAAGUUGUUAGAAUAAUGAUAAUAAUAAUAUUCGUAAUACAAAAUUGCAUAAUAUUUCUCUACCAGUUAUUAUGUAAAAUAUACGCAUUAAUCAUUAAGCAUUACACCCAGGAUAGAAUUGUAUAUAAAUAUCUUUAUAUUUCAUUCACCGCUAAGAGACUAUUAGGAAAGACUUUCCGAAAGCAAGGCGUUACACAAGAUCAUAUACCUAGAUUAGAUAAGCAGCUGUAUAUUAAUUAUUAUGAAUCUAUAGUAGGCUGUGUACGUUUUCAUUUGAUAUGCGAUCAAUAUAUCAGGUUAUAUGUGUGGUCAUUGAAUGCAUGAGAACGAAUGUGUUGGGUGAAUUUGUAACGCUCUUUAAAGUUGCUACGAAUAUGAAAAUUGUGUGAAAAAAAAUAUCACUCAGCAUCCGUAUUAUAUGAUGUACAAUAAUUCCGUGUUGUUAUUGUAUGCGAUUUUUAUAAACAUGCU